GAAAUUGAUUUUAUUGAUACUUGAAUCGCAAUGGCACUGAACGCCGACGACCUGAUGAGCACUUACCGACCCUACGGCCACCACUGGCUAGACUCGGCCAUUCAGGAAACCCUCUUACCAGGAUCACCAUGGCAACAGAUCUAUGACAAGUUGAGCCAGGUCCUCGCCAAGAGGAUUCAACCGGAGUUGUCUGAUCGGGACAAACGGGCAGCCAUCUUUGAUAUGCUUGGGUCAGGAUUCCUUCAGAAGUAUCUCAGCAAGUUGACAUGGGACAAACCAACGAAGGAUCUUGAAAGCUGCAGUCCCGAAGAAAGGAAAGUAAUUCUGCAGACAAACCAGCUUCUCCUGAAAGAAAAACUAGACCAAGCAGCAACAGACUGUGGUUACCUGGUACCCAAGAACAAGUCUGGUGACAGUUCCUCUCUCAGCCUAUCCUCACCACCUCAAGAACCAGUGCAGGUACCGGAAGAAGUGAUCGACACCAUUUCCCAAAUGGAUGCCAUAUUCAGAGCAGGAAUGCACAGAUACCUUGUGCAAGAGGGGAUGACAGUGCCUCCUAGUCCUAGGUCAGAGUCACCUCAACCAACCAAGCCCCAGCUGACCCAUCUUCGUGAGGUCCAACCUAGUCCCAAUCAUAGAGUAACCUCUCCCCCAUCCACUCCAUCCGAUAACCAUGGCGACACCACCACACCCACCACCACCACUGUCCCGAACUGCUGGGGUCAGACGAGUGACCUUCUAGGAAGGUCGCUGUGUGCCAUCCUCCGUCGUGACCCGGGUCGCCUGGACGAGGUGUGCAGGAGGCUGAUGGGAAGGCAGCUACCAGGAAGCCUAAGACACAAGGUUUGGAACGAGAUGAUGCUGAGGAACUACAAGCAGGUGCAUCAAGGAGAGAAAAGCUCUGAAUGGUUUUUGAGACAAAACUUUGCUAAGACUGUAAUGAGAGGCAAGGCGGAGCUUGGUAUCACCAUGACAACCAACUCACCCAUCAACGGCCUGCUAGAGACAGCAAUACAGGAGAAAUAUAGCAACACACCAUGUCUGCUGAAGCAUAGAGGUCAGACGCUCCCCAAGCAUGCCCUGGAGGCUCUCAACAUUCUGUAUGUCUUUGAUAGAAGCUACCAACCUUACUACAUUCAUUGGCUCUAUCCACUGCAUCUGGCUCUCAUGGAGAAAUCUCAAGGAGAUACUCAAGGUCCUGAUGACCUUCCCUAUGAGCUAGCCCUUCAGCUGCACCUGCUACGGAGCUACACCUUUCCUUGCUGGUCCGCGGUCCUAGCCGUGGCUCAAGACGUGAUGCAGGUCAUAGAGAGGGAAGAUCCAGAGUUCUUCAACCAUCUUAUGAAAUGCAGCAAGACCAAUGUCAAGCUAGACCCCAAGGAUUUCCUUGUGCACCAGAUACAUGAGGAGCAACAGAAGGCAUCAUCACUAACUUCCCAUGUUCCUCGUGAUGCUGUAACUAUGGCAACAGGAAGCAGUGAAGAGAGACAGAUGCUUGCAAGUCCUCUUAUGUUCCUCAGGAAAUGGCUUGGAGAGGGCUUUGUAGGUGUGUGCGACACCCAGGCUGUUCUCCUCAUCUGGGAUCAGUGUUUCAUGAGUGGAUGGAGUCAUGAAGUCCUCUCUAGACUCUGUCUCUCACUUCUCACGCUACUGAGAAAGAACUUCAUGGAAACGGCACAGGACUACCAUGUCAUGAAACAGAUAUUUGUCAGUGAGCCAUGCAGACUGUACACCUUGGACAUACAAAAGGCAUUCCAACAUUUGCAGAACGAGGGUAGCGUGACUGAUAUACCAUCCCUGAACCGACGCCCAGUAGCCAAACCUGAAAAAAAAUAUCACAGCCCACCUGUAACCUUUGACCCAUCUCAUUAUGCGCAUCUUAUCCAUAGCAUUUCCACCACUAACCUUACUAACAUUCAAUCAUCAUCCGUCACCGUCCAAGAGGAUGCAGGGACUAUCCCACCAUCAUCCAAAGCCACACCUACUUUCAUGGUCCCUCCUAUCUUCAUAGCCCCUCCUACACCCAUGGCUCCUCCUACAUCCAUAGCUCCUCCUACACUCACUGCUCCUCCUACAUCCAUAGCCCCUCCUACAUUCAUAGCCACACCCUCCCAGGUUUCCCCUCCUGUCAUAAAGCCUCGCCUGUCUCAAGGCACAGAAGUUGGGCCUAGUCUUCUAACAGUAAAUAUUUCUGGAGAUGAAGUAAAGGGCCCUAGUACCAAUCUUCAAGGUGGAAGGAUGCAACAGGUCUUACCACUGGUAGAAGACGAACCGGUCUGGGUGCCCUUUGACCCCCGUGCAUCAUCGGACCUACCCAAUGCACCAGCUCCGAUGGAAGGUUUUGAUCUCUACGUAGAUGGUGUACGCUUCCUGCCCGACAACGCUACCAUAGUCAAGGUUACAGUCAAAGAGAGAUUUGCCACUGCACACCGGAGCACUAGCCUUGAACUUUGUACCCUGCCUGACCUGACCUGUUCGGCGCACGCUCGCUGCCCAAAGUUCGACUACCGGGAAGAGAUCGAGAGAGCACUGCCGGACCAGCUGGUGGAGUUACGAGUCUGGACCGUGGAUAGAUACACCCAUCAGGUGGUUGUUGUAGGAGUCUGUGUAGUGAAGGUCUACAAUGGGGAGACCAAGAAGCUUAAUAUUGGAGGUCAUCAGAUGCGUUUACGAUCAGGCUACCCAGCGCCUCAUGGGCCUAUCCUGCCCCAAUCGCUUGAUCACCUACCAUCAUUACCAGGCUGCUCAGUCCUUCUCAGACUCCUUCCGCCCUCUAAGGUAUUCGUUGAGCCAUUACCCUACAGCAGUGGGUUCUACCAGUCCGAAGUCUGCAAACCAACAGAGUCUGAGAUCAACGUGAUUGGACAUUAUAAAGCAAAGCAAGAUUGGAGUCAGACGGUGAGAGAUGUGGCUUUGGAGUUGGCAAGAAGAGAAGAUGACACAAAGUCCACCUCCACCAGUGAUGACGAACAUGAUGGUCCUGAAUUUGCUAGCAACCAAGAAGAAAACAAGAUGGCCGACGCCUGGCCCAAGAUGUCCGACGAAGAGAUAGAAACCUGGAUGAUGGAGCGACUCAAGGCCAAACACCAACCCCCUGAGAGCCUGCCCCCAUUGCUAGAGAUUGAGCGUUGUGUUGAUUAUGAGAGAGAUACAGGGGUGGCCAUCAAGAUCAGGACAGCGUUUGGCUUACAAGCUGAAAACUGUUACAGCAUCGUACUUACCAGAGUGCUCCCUGGUCCAGCCUCUCAAGAGAUUUUGGAUUCUGGGCACGGUAGGUCUAGCAGGUCCCAGUCCUUCUUGACUAAAGAGAUGGACCUAGACAGUCACAUGAAAGCACCAAGGUGGAAGGACAAGGCCACAGUUUUGCGUCCUGUCUAUGAUGAAAAGUCUGUGCUUCUGCUUCAGUUCUUCUGUCUGGAGGUGAUCUACAAGGUUGACCCAGCAGGUCUCACCAAGGCCGUGAUCCAAGCUCCAAAGGGCAAAGGUCCUUUGAAAUUGGAUAACUCCUCCUGCCAGGGCUGGGGUGUGCUGCCAAUCUUUGACAGGAAUUGUGUCAUCCAGGGAACGUUCAUCAUCCCCAUCUUUCAGAAUGAUAAAGAUAAGCCCUUCCUGAAGGGUCUGAGGGAUGCCCCUAGCCUUGAGUCCUGGAUGAGGGUCUCUGUGGAGAAGAAGCUGAUCAGGGUCCAUCCUCGUCACCCCUCGGCCAUCGUCUCUAUCUGGGAUGGUCACUUCUACCAGGGUCAAACCGUUCCUCUACCGAGGAGAGACUAUUUCUUACACAUCGCUGGGGACUUCAAGAAAUUCUCUAAGGCUUCUCAAGACAAGACCGGCCAUCCCCUGAAUCACAUCGUCCUUCGUAGCCUGCCCUCUGUAGUCCAAUCAGAGGGAACAAACAGCGCGCACUACCUCAAAGAAAUGCAGAACUUUGAAGAGUCCAUGCAUGAUAUUGCUACAGAUUUGGUGGAAGAUGCCCUCCUAACAACCGGUCAGGCUCCGUUGACCGCAGGCUCAUAAGACCUGGAGAGGAAUAUUCAUCAGUAGCAAUCUUUCCAAAGACAGGUUUAGUGACCCUGACCUGUCAUCCUCUCACGAUGCAACCUCAAGCCAACUGCUCCACUUUCUAAUGUCCCACUUCUCCACAAUUUUUACAAAAAGAUCAUGUCUCCCUUGUGUCUUCUUUAUCUUCAGGCGACCGUCUAAGAGUGUGAUGAUCAGUUAGCUGUCACAUCACAUGAUGUGUCUAAACCCGGGACCCGUAACACAAAACUUGUCGUCAAUGACAAAUGACAGUCUUUGUUAUAAGCUACUGAAAUCCUUGCUUCGGAUUGGCUAUCAGCAGAUUUGUCAUUGGUCAUUGAAAAAAGGCUUUGUGAAUCGGUUCCCAGUUCUUUUAUUGUCUUCUGAUUGUUUAAAGUAGUAUAGCUUCUCAUGAACAUUAUACAAGAGAGAGAUUUUCAAGUAAUAAUCAAACGAAACUUGAAUGAAACUAAUUCAAAACCUUGUUAUUAAGUGUGUGAUAGAAAGAGAGUGACAUUGAAAGUAUCAAGUUUUGCAUCAUAGUAUAUAAAUAUACAGUGUACAUAUUGCACAUUUAUACAUUAAGUUUGAUUGUAUGUCAGUUUUUACAGUUGCUUAUGGGCGAUAUAUCUACAUAUGGUGUAAAGUUUGCUCAUCGAAAUGUAUUCUGUGCUUUUUAUGUGUGUGCUUCAGUAUUCUUUUGGAUUUUUCUUCUUACACAAUCAGUGAAAUUAGAUUUAAACAUUUUAAAAUUUCAUGUAUUCAAUAAGAAUGUAUUUAUUUGCAUGUUUGCUAUGGGUUGUAGAAUUUUUAUAUUAUGAAAGUUAGAUCAAUACUGAUGUGAAUUUAUACUUGUUUUGAUGUUGUUUUUAAUACUCGAUAAUAAAGAAAACAACUCCAUUUCUACCAUCUCUAUUUACUGUACAUGUACAAUGUGUGCAUCAUAUUUGCAUUUCAGAUGCAAGGCUUUGCUUGAAAAUGAGAAUUAAAUGAAUUGUUUUAAUGUAA